AUGCAAGGCUUAACUCUCAACUGUAACUGCUGUGAAUCACAGAGAGAGCACAACUUUAAGCCCCUUUCCUAUCUUGACAGUGGGCCGGGAAGGGGAGAUAAGGGCAUACCAAAGGAAUCUGCCCUUUCUGCACAAUUUCCCCUUGACUCAGCUGUCCUACUUCCCCUCCCCAGCCCAUACUCAUCCUCACCAACGCCCAUAUUUAGCACUGCAAGCCUGUGUUGUCAUAGACAGAAACCAGAUGGUUGCUAUGAAGAUUUGUUUACACACACACACACACACACACUCACACACACACACACCCUAGGGCAUGGCCCAGACAGCAAUGGCGAUGAGUGGCAGUUCUUCCUGGGAUGUGUUUUUCUUUCUCUUAAUUUGCUGUUACCCCAUCACCUCUUCUGUUCUCCCCGCGUUUUCAUGCUGCUGCUUCCUGCUCCCAGAUAA